AAGUAGGUGGUUGAUUUAGCCUUGCGCAAAGUGUCAUCCCAGUAAAAGCUUCCUCUCGCGAUGGCCGGAACGAUGGACGAGCUGCUGAAAGAGUUGAACUACGACUUCAACUACCUGCUGCACGAGGUUCGAGCUGCCUCAAGAAAUCUCAAUUUGGAAAGCCGCCGUACCGUGGAAGCAUGGAUUCAGAAGCUCUCGGCCACCAAUCAAUCGAUGGAGGAAGUCCGCCUGAGAAACGACUUUCUGUUCUACUUGGCCAGAAGCUGCGAGGAGGGAACUCUGAUGCCGCCGUUCGAUCAGCGACCACCUUCGGGAUAUGUCCUGAAUUCGUCACAUUUGAUGCCUAUGCUGGGAACGGAAAUGACCGCUUCCACUAGCACCAGACCCAUCUAUGAGGCCUACUCGGGACCGGCGGCCUCAGCAGGACAAUCACAAAAGGCCGAACUAUUCAAACGGUCACCGGAUGGAGGAGCGUUCUUGGUAUCGCAACCGGUACCACGAUGUGGCGCCUUCUGCUACCUGGCCGUUGUUAGCAAGCAGCCUAAAUAGAAAGGGGAACUUACCUGACCGUGGUUUUGGCGAUUUUCACCCGUGGUCAUCGAUCUAUAACGCAGGAACGGCACUGCUUUUCGGAAACAAAUCCAUCUGAAAUUGAUACGUCGAUUAAAGCAAACAAUAUAUAAUAUAUAAUUUUAUGCAAUUCAGUAUAAUAA